GCCAGCGUGUGCGCGCUUUUGUAAGUUUGGCCUCCUCGGGUUGCCGUACAAGAGGCUUGGCAAACGAAAGAGCGUGGAUGUUCCGCGGUUUUCUUGUUUUUCUGUGUCAUUAUUUAGCUACACCUCUGCAAAGCAGCACUUUCCAUCCGCCGCUGUCAUUUUAAUGCUACACCACUCUGUGAUGCUGCAUGUUCAGCGUUACUAGGCUCCCGUCCUGUCUGUGUGCUGUGAUCGCUUCCUGUCAACCAGCAGCCUGACUCGCUGUUUAUGCAUCAGCCGGGUCCUGCAACGCUCUCUGGCCUGUGCCAAAUCACCGAUCAACUUUAUCUGAGUAACAGCAAGGCGGCCAACGACGGCUCCCUUGUGUCUCGUUUCAAUAUAACCUGCAUCAUAAAUGUUUCUGAGACCAGGAGCAGCAGCACGCUUGCUCCCGGGCUGGAGUACAUCCACAUCCCCAUCCCGGACUCCCCACGGUCUCCUGUCAGUGAUCACUUUGACGAGGUGGCGGAUAAAAUAGCGCUCACCGGCGAGCAGGACGGCCGCACGCUGCUGCACUGCAACGCCGGGGUGAGCCGCUCCGCCACCCUGUGCAUUGCAUAUCUGAUGAAGCACCGCGGCAUGACGCUCCUGGAGGCCUACAGGUGGGUGAGGUCCUGUCGGCCCAUGGUGAGGCCCAAUGUCGGGUUCUGGAGGCAGCUCAUCCGAUACGAGGGGGAGCUUCGUGGGUGCAGCACCGUGCGAAUGGUCUGCUCCUCCAUGGGAGAGAUACCUGACAUCUAUGAGGAGGAGGCCAGAAACAUGCUGCCUCUCUGAAGCACGGGACACCUUUUGUUUCACAGUGGUGGUUCUCCCAGUUAAAUACUGUACAGUGGGGAAAAAUAUGGAUUUUUGCCAUAUGCUACAGUGGAACAAUUCUCUAACCACGUAAACUCUGGGAUAACAUCACCUCACAUGGUCCUUGGCACAAAAACCCUUACAUGGAGGAUGACUGUUGGCAAGACUCAGCUGAGGUCUCUUCAGCCCAUGCCAGCUUUUGAAGUCACAAUAAGAUGGGAAAAAUACUUAUUGACCAUGGGGCAACCUCUCUGUCCCUCCCAUCAAAUUAAACUGUCUUUAUCUCCCCCACCAGUUUAAUCUCUGCCCAUGAUGAGUCCCACCCUCUUCCUUUUUGUUUCAACAGGAAAAAACAUCAAAUUAAGGAAGCAAUGUGCUUUGGAAUAGCUAAACCUGUGGGACAUCAGUCAGAGAGAGGAUAUUUUAUUUAACGGGAAGGGUGGGAUUGUUCAAGAACUUGUGAUUCUUUUAUUGGUUAUGAUUUCGCUGUGCUUACUGGAAGAGGCUGGUGAUUUUUUUUUUAACUUUUUUAAUUUUUGCAAUGAUCUGUCAAAUGUGGUUGUCAAAAUCUUUGACAAAUAUGUGGCUAUUUUACAGUUUUAACAAUAAACUUUAUUGUCCA